CAGUCAAUGACGGAGCAGUCACUACCUGUCAGCUCCAAUGGAUCAUGCGCAAGCAUGAAAAAGAGAUGUUAGAGCUAAAGGCUUCAAUUCAGUCAUUGAGUCUAGCAAUGCAGACGCUUGAGGACCGUAUCGUUGGUCGAAUUCUUAAUGGCCUUAAAUCACAAAGCGGUCCAUCUCACAGUGCUGCUCUGAAGCACGAUGUGCUGAUAAUGGACAGCAUCAUGAUCGUGGUGUUGACAUUGACGACGACAUUUUUGGUGCUGACGAAGAGCACGUAACUCAUGUCGAUGACAUCGUUAAUGAAGCUGUGGUAGUGGAUGUCACCCUUCCAUCAGAUGAUGCUGAAUGAGAGCAUGUUCCUUUGCCCGAGUCCAUUAUCGAUGCAUCUGCUGGAGGGGACGAGGAGCUUGACUCAAUCAUGGCUGAAGGAGAGCAUCUUCCUCCGGUCAAUAUAUUCGUCAAUGCAGCAGCAGGAGUUAUCGUUGAUUAUCAUGAGAGCACUCAUGAUGCAGUUGAGAUACGGUCGUCGUCACUAGAGUCAUCUGUUGUCCAUCAUGGUGCAUCAGAAGUUUCAGACCCAACUGAGCUGGCACGGUUGAAAAUGGCUAACAAAUACAUGGCAAGCCCAUUCGUCGACCCUUUAGUGACCCGUCGAGAUGUGAUGGAUAAAAUCGUAGAAGACUAUGAAGCUUUCAAGAAAGACGAGUCUGCGAGGCAUAACGUCGGCAUCUUAAGGGAUCAAGGGGCUGACUUUUUCAUAACCUUAGAGGAUCCCAAUGAGAAAAUGACAAGUGAACAUAUUGACGCAUGCCUCAACCUACUCUGCAAGCGAAUGACAGGGCCGAAGUCGAAGUUGUACACUACCCGUGCAUGCAUGGUUGACAUGAUAUUCUUCGACACCAUACGUAUGCUACACACUGAAUUUCCAACAGAAAAUGCCUAGGCCACAAUGCAAAUUCCAGAUGAGUUGCGGGGUAUGUAGAGGGUGAAAUGCCAACAUACGCCAAAAAAUGGGAAGAUGUGAAUUUCAUCCUCGUGCCUUGCAACGUUGGUGGGCAUUGGGUGGUUGUGAAGAUCGACUUGGUGAGGUAGACGAUCAAAGUGGUGGACUCAGCAAGAACUUUGAAUGCUAAGGAUAACGGAGUUCGUGCAGGUCAAAUGACACCCUUGACGACAAUGAUGCCAUUCAUCUGCCACCAAGUCGGUUAUUUCAACAACAUACGUCGGAAGAGACGGGAUUUGACGUCGAUGUCAUUGGAUAUUCAUUUGCCAAAAGCCAAAGUGCAUCGGCAUAAUGAUAGUGUCAGCUGCGGUAUGUUCAUGAUAGGGUACAUGGACCAUAUUGUGCAAUAAAAAAAGAUCAAAAUUAAGCAGAAUAUGAUUGCAAAAAUGCGUCGGCAAUAUGCUCUAGAAAUUUUUUCCAAUAGUUGUGAGAGUGAACCCUGAACAUA